AUGACGACAGUGGAAACAAAGCAGGUCCCUAUGGACCAAGGAGCGCAAGAAAGUCUUGCAGAUGUCGCUUCUGCAGCGGUAGAGUCUUUGGAUUCCGCGCCGCAAGUCCCCAGCAGUAUACUUCCCAUUCCAAACUCGAUGCUCAGCUCCGUAUCGUCCUGGUGGAACGUUUCCGCAAAGCAGACGGCUGAGGCAGAGUUUUUCCUGUACAGCAAAUCAGGCUAUUUUCAAGGGGCGUUUUUAGGAAAUGCUAAGGCGUGCAGCAGCGAUGGCCCCGACGCGCUGGCCGAAGCGUAUGCAUUGGUGCACGACGAUGCGGCGGCCCAGCCCACCUCUAUCAGCAAGGUCAACCAAUUCAUGACCGUGGGUAGCCAGCUAUCGAUCGACGGAAAAGUGGGGUGCAUUCGUAUGGUUGAUAUAGGCGCCGAGAAGAGUACAUCGUUUUUGAACAUGUUUCGAGGACAGGCCAAGCGGUAUAUCAACACGCUCGAGAUCGGCACGCCUCUCAAACAGGAGGAGCAGCCAAAGGACGAAGAGAAAAUUGUGCUUGUGCAUGGCUACGGCGCUGGCAGCGCAUUUUUUUUCAAAAAUGUGGACGCAUUUGCGGCCCCGCGCAACUCCCGCUUUUUUGCAUUGGACUGGCUUGGCAUGGGUCGUUCCUCACGCCCAGCCUACCGAACUUCGCACACCGAGGCACGCACUGUCGAGCGUGUGGAUGCUGCCGAGUCUUUCUUCCUUACCUCGCUCGAGCAAUGGCGCGAGAAGAUGAAAAUUGAAAAAAUGACUCUUGUUGGCCAUAGCUUGGGUGGAUACCUUUCGCUUGCCUACGCACUGAAAUAUCCUGAACGUGUGUCGAAUUUGAUCCUUGUUUCGCCUGUUGGAAUACCCGUACCGCCCAACGAGCUCCGCACGUUGAAAGAGAACAAGCAUGCCAACCCGGAGGACCUGGACCACGCCUCCAUAUCCAGCACAAGCUCGGGAAACACGAUAUCUAGCGAAGAUUUGCAGCGAUCGAAACCGCAGUCUAUGGGUGCUCGCACUCGCAACAUUUUAGGGUGGCUCUGGGAUCGGAACAUGAGCCCAUUUUCUGUGCUGCGUAACUCGGCCAUCUUUGGGCCGCUGCUCAUGAGUGCAUACACAAAACGUCGCUUUAGUGCGCUAUCUCCUGAUGAGAAGCUGUGUCUGCAUGCGUAUUGUCAUGGCGUGUUUACAGGACGCGGAAGCAGUGAGUACUGUCUUGCGGAUAUUCUUGCGCCGGGUGCAUUUGCGCGGUUACCAAUGGUACGGCGCAUUUCAUCCAUAAAGGUGAAUGUAUCUUUUCUUUAUGGCUCACACGACUGGAUGGACGUGAACGGCGGCAUCAAAGCCAAGCGCGUGCUUGGCGCGGCAGGAAAUCCCAACGUGCGUGUAUUUAUUGUGAAGAAGUCGGGACAUCACCUGUACUUGGAUAAUGCGACCGAGUUUAACAAGCUGAUAAAGCAGCUGUUGCCCGUUGCUGCACCAUAG